AAAUAAAACAACGCGCAUUGCUGACUAUGUCGAUGAUAGAAAUCCCAAUUGUUUUCGUCAGGUGAAAUGGUAUAAAAUAGAUGGAAGAAUCAGUUAUCGUCAGUACCCUCCUCAAACUCGUCAGCACAUCACUCAACUUCUCACGACUCCAUGAAGUCUAAGAUUGCCCACAUUUUGCUGUUUGCUGUGUCCGCACAAGCAGCACAGUUUAUUGGCGGCUACCAUGGUUACCCGUUACCCGCCACUAUCCCCGCGCAGGACUUUGCCCUGCGAGCGUCCAACUUUUACGCUUACCCUGUCCAACCUUCCAAUUAUUAUCGUGACAUCGGUUCUUGGGCUUACUUCAUCCCAACUGUCCAGUUGGAUGCUAACGCACUUCAGCCUGAUGCUAUCGUGGACCCCAAAUCUAGCGCUUCUCCCGUACGCACGAAGCGGCAAAUUCAAUUGCGUUACAGAGGUGGUUCAAGGAGGGGACGCAGCGUGAAUAAACUUCCUUCUUUCCAGGCCUACGAUAAACUUGGUGAUGCCUCAACCCGAACGAAACGUCAGAAUAUACUGCGAUACAGGAACAGUUCUAGGAGAAGAGUCGGAAGGAGCCUUAACGAACCUUCUUUCACCGGGUCUAUGCCCACUCAUUGACACUGCCUAAGCCAAGACCGGCCAUUAAGAAUAUGAAAUGAACACCUUCGGACAAGCCAUCAGGCGAUUUUCAACUCUCGCAGCGUAUAACUGCGAUUUAAUUAUGAACAGGGCUAAAGCAUUUUCACAGCUCCCCGUGUAUACUUAGAGCGAUGACUAAUAUAAAUAAAUGCGCAAAAUGAAAA